AUGAGCUUACAGCGCUCAGUUCUAGCAGCUACUUGUGGUGGUUCAACGAUAGCAAUCAUCGCAGCUAUCGGUUUGACCAUUUCGCUGCUGACCGACAUCAACUCGUUUUACGAUGAUGUUAUCACAGAUAUGAACGAGUUCAAAGGUUAUGCUGAUGACGCAUGGAAGCAGAUGAUCCGAACGACUGGUGGCGACCGACAUGUGUUCGACGUCAUAGUGGCACGAACACGUCGUGAAGGAUAUCAAGUUCCACCAACUGGUAUCGAAGCACAGCCUGAAGCUGGAGUACAAGCGGCUAAAUCCGAUUCCUUCGAUGGUGCAGGAGGUGGAGGAGUUUCCGCAGAUGGUAUUGGAGGUGGAGGAGGAGGCUAUGGAAACUACGUAUGCGAAUGCGCAGAGAAAUCCAGGGGGUGCCCAGCUGGGCCUCCCGGACCACCAGGAACACCUGGAAUACCUGGAGAGGAUGGAGAGAAUGGUGAGGACGGUCUACCAGGCAAGAACGGCAUGGCCGUGUUGGCUGACCACAUGAUGGGCGGCUGUAUCAAAUGCCCACAAGGGCCACCAGGCCCACCAGGACCAGACGGGCCUUCUGGGUCACCAGGAUCUCCAGGAAAUCCGGGAGCGGAUGGAACGGGAGGUGGAAGUGGUGUACCUGGUCCCGCUGGUCCUCCUGGACCACCUGGUCAAGAUGGAAAGCCUGGAUCUGAUGGAACUCCUGGAACAGAUGGUGCGAAUGGAAUGAGAUCAAUCUCUGCGCCAGGACCCGCAGGAGCUCCAGGACCUCAAGGAGAACCCGGACGCAACGGAGAGAAUGGAUCUAGCUCUGCAGGAGCCCCUGGUCCAGCUGGUCCACCUGGACCUCCAGGAAGGGAUGGAGCACCUGGAGGCCCAGGCGCCCCUGGUGGCAGAGGAUUAGACGGAGCACCAGGAGCUGAUGCCGCCUACUGUCCUUGCCCUCCAAGAUCUAUGCUCUCAGUCGGAGCUGGAGCUCAGUCAUUUGCAGAAACUGCAGCAGCGGGCGUAGCAGCUGCUGUAGACAAGAGGGAACUUACUGAGCCAGAAGGUUCCGGAGAAAAUAAAGUGGUGGCUGAAGUAGUGAAUACAGGCAAAGGAGUAGUGACAGAAGAACAUGUUGACACGGUCCUAACUGGAAACGCUGCAGGAUCUGAUGCUGCUAAGGCAGCGGAGGUAGUAACUGAGGUUACCAAAGGCGCAGCUUUCCAGGGUGCCUUUGCACCCAGUGCUGUCCCUACUGAAUCCACUCCAACGACAACAAUAACAGCAGGUACUGAAUCGGCACCAGCUGCCCCGAGUUUGUUGAACGCUGAGAUAGCUCCACCUGCUUUGCCCGAUGUAGCAUCGCCUGCUAUACCCGUCCCCACUCAGCACUCAAGAGCAGGCAACGCUGCCUUCAGACUACGACGAUACUUCAAUAGGUACUAUUGGCAUGUCUAA